CAAGGCCGUAUUUCCCUUGGCUUUCGGGGACUUUGGCCACCGAAGCUCCGAUUAAGUUAGCUAACCUAGGUUAGUUUGCUGUGGGUUUAACCAUUAACUGUGACUUACAGUAGAAGUCUUCAGAAGCGACGAUCAAGUGACAUAGUUCGGUUAAGACGAUAGGAAUUGAAGGGUUCUUGCGUCUGUACCCAACACAACGACUCAAGCUCGGCAUUCCUGUACCUUUUGUUCUUUGAGUUGAUUAAUGACUUCUGCAACGUAGUUAGAUUAGAGGCCUCGAUGGUGCUAGCUGAUGUCUAUCACUGAUGCAGCUUAUUCUACUGGACCUUAACCUUAGUCUUACAAUAGUACUUACUGAACUCCCAACUCGACGCCAUUGUCUUGCUCCUCCUUGCAACUAGCCCUAUAGUAAAUCCUACGAACGAGCGAGCGACAAUUGCAGAUGCCACCGUUGCCAAACGCACAAGAAGAGUCAUGACGUCCAGUUUCGACCAUGACUCCCCCACAGAACCCCUCGCGACGCCUCCUUUGGCAGCAUCAUCCGCCGCCGUGAAGGUCCAGAAGACACGAAUAUCCUCCAUGGAGGGCACGCCACUACCCCUUACCCAAUCCGAGACUACCCUGCCCAUACGAGACCGCCGGUCGCAUCCGGCGGCGGCUUCUCUCUACGCCUCGACGUUGUCGCCUCCUGGUUCGCGCUCGCAGUCACCUGCUGGCCGCCCGGGCUCACGGUUUUCGUCAGGCACAGCCUCCAUCUUCGGUACUGUGGGCUCGAACAAUGCACGAGCGCUCAUCGAAGGCGCAGGCGAUAGCCCCGGCGAUCCUUUGAACCUUCUUAUGCAUGCCUUGGCACCACAUGUUGCCGUCUAUGCAUCUGACGAUACCGAGCAACUUGUGAGAGAGAAGGGAUUUGACCAAGGCCUGUGGCAACUUCUCCGACCCUUCGGCGAGCGCGUACAAGGCAAGGUCAUCAUCAGGGACAGUAAUGGAUCGAGCCGUGCAUACGAGGACUAUUCGAUACACUUUGUCAGGUUUGGCAAGGGCAUAGAACAUCCCGAGCCAGCUGUGGGAGGACUUAAGACAAACAACACUGCAGGGGUGACUGGCACUGGAGAGAGAGUACACACAUCAAGCCAUGGAGCGAGGCUCGCAGACGUCGGCGCCGUCGUGAAUCGGCAUCUCGACUACGCGGAAGAGGCGGCCCCGAGCUCUUCACAAAGCCCAAUAGCUACGAAACACGGCCUGGAUAUCGAUAUACCAUCACCCUACUACUCACUAUACCUGCGCCGCUUGUUGUCUGGAUUGUCCAUUGCGCCUCAUGAAUCGUUUGCUCAUCCAGUCGCUUGUGUAAUUGCAAUUAGUUCACGUAAUGCAGCUCCUAUCGAGACGCUUAGGAAGUUGUAUAACGAUUCGAGCUCGGGAGACAAACGAAUGCCAAACUGGGUCGAUUCGGAAUACUUGCGCUAUUACGUUCUGGUACAUGACGAGGAGAAGGAUGACAUCACUAAAUCAAUGUCAUUGUUUGACCAGAUGAAGCGAAAUCUAGGUCUACACUGCCACCUACUCAGAAUACGGGGAACCCACAGUGCUGCGACAGAUGACGACAGCAUACCAUUGCCGACCAGUGAGUGGAUGUCAGCUUCGGAGGAGCUGGCCAACAUCCGAGAGCACGACGAACAGGGGGAUUUCGAUGAUCUGACAAGAUAUAUAUUUGAGUCCGAUGCUACCGCGAUCCGAACUUUUAUCCGAGAGAUGGUCACACAAUCUAUAAUUCCCACGAUGGAGCGGCAUGUGUCAGUUUGGAACGAUCAGGUUGCGUCAAGGCGUCGAGGUGUCACGGGACGUCUAAUGGGUCUUACCCGGCGUUGGGGUUUUGGAAGCAGCUCUAGUUCGAAAAGCAGCAGCCAGCCUUCCGGGAGUAAUUACGAUACCUUGGGUUUCUAUCGUCAAGAUACGCCAGAAGCCAUCAUGCGCAAGUUGGCCGAUUAUUCAUUCAUGCUUCGCGACUGGAAGCUCGCAUACUCGACCUACGACCUCCUUCGGGGUGAUUUCAUGAACGACAAAGCCUGGAAGUACCAUGCGGCUACAAAUGAAAUGGCUGCUCUGAGCUUGCUCAUCAUGCCCCAAAACUUGAACGCCAAGAUGCGUGCUGAGACUAUCGAUACCAUGUUUGAGGCGGCUUUCUAUUCCUAUGUUACCCGUUGCACCUCUCCUUACGGGGCAGUACGGUGUUUGACUCUCGGGGUUGAGCUCCUCCGUCUUCGAGGAGGAUCAAGUAUCGAUGAUGCUGCAAAAUGGGGUGUGCGCCUUCUCGAGAGCAAGAUUUUGGACCCCAUUGGUGACGCUCUCAUCAAGGAACGCCUAGCCGUUUGCUAUGCCUCAAAGAGUGGUUUGGGCGCACAGAACCUAGGUAGUCGCAGACGGAAGUCGGCGCUAUGGAGUAUCCUUGGUGCAGAUGCUUGGUUGUCACAAACGAAAUACAUUCAAGCCCAGCGUUGCCUCAACGAGGCGCGUAGGAUGUACAGCGAUCUACCAACGGACUAUGGCAUUGACAAGUUUGAGAAAGCAAGUGCAUUUAUGCUAGGCAUCGGACAGCGCCUAAAUGAGCAAUUGGAGGCUGGCGAACAUGGCCGGGACUCACUCGGCGAUGACGAUGAAACAGUGGACGAGGAAAGCGAAGUCCUGAAUACAAGAGGUCGAAGAAUGAGCCUAGCCGGCUAUGCAGGUGCUCCAGUACCAACACUAGAGGCUGCGCCGCUUGGGAAUACAAUUUUAGGGCAAGAAGCAAAUGACCAAAACCCGGAUGACGACUUUGGAUAAGUGGCAAGAAUUAUAGAAGAGAUUGCAUAGACCAAGCAUACAUGCAAUAGAAUACCAAAUCAGUAUGAAUUUCAAUCCUCUUGGUAAUACACAAGUCACAGG